AUGAUUACGGAGUCAGGACAUAGUCCAUCCUAUAGUGGGCUUUGUCAUUUUCUCUACUAUUGGUUAGGAAGCAUCGUAUGGAAUAAGGGCAAAAAUGUUUUGACUGUUACUACAUUUUUAGAAGCGAUGGAGAACAUUUAUUCUGCAUUCGAACAAUUUGGUGUUCCAAACAAUUGUGAACUUUUUUACAAAGACAAUAGUGAAAUCAACAAGGAAAUUUUUAAGCACCGCAGAACAGUAUUCGACUUUUCUUUUGACUAUAAAAAUAUAAAGCAAAAAUUGGAAUCUCAUAACAACUCCUGUGAUGAACAAUAUUACCAACAUCUAAAGUCUGCUUUUGAUGCAUUUCAAGCUGUAAGUGCCGAUUGUCACAGGAAAAUUGACCUAUAUUGUAUGGAAUUCAAAAAUACAUUUGAAACGAAAAACAACAACAGCAAUAAUAAUCAAAACCCACUCACUUUAACAGAAGGGGAGAAAACGCAAUCAUCAGGGGAAACAACAAUCUAUAAGAACGUUAGCUUAAAUCUGAAUUUUGCCCCACCUAAAACUAACACAGCAAUGAUCGCUACCAUUUCGUCCAUAUUUUCAAUAACAGCACUUGGAUUCGCUGCUUCUCUUUUAUAUAAGGUAAUAAUUAUAAUUACAAUAAUUUGA